AUGCUUGACAUCAAGCGAGGUCGCAGCCGGAACUUCCAGGUUAAUCAUUGCAUUAGGAGAGUUGAAUCCAUCCACCCAAAACCUAGAAAACCCAAACCAAACAACACUAUCGCUCCUUCCGCGCUUCGCCCACAUGUUCUUGCCCGUGACAGAGUUAGACUCUGGUCCGCCCCUCAUUCCACAUCAUUUCACUCGUCUAUGCUGAGACUCCUCCCUCUUGAAGACGUCGUUCAACUUCUUGAUGUUAUGCUUGUAUCCAUUGAACUCAAGACUCGCGAGAACUAUGGUUCUGGCUUGUUGCAUUUUCAUCAAUAUUGCGACACUAGAAAAAUUCCAGAAAAACUUCGCAUGCCCGUGCCGGACCAUUUACUAGCUUCUUUUGUAGCGUCAUGGGCUGGUAAGGUAGCGAGCACCACUGUCCAAAAUUGGUUGGCAGAGCUACACUUUUGGCACAAUUUGCACGGCGCUCCUUGGAACGGGCGCUCUCUGGUGCGUUCGGCGACUGCAGGUCUCUCCAAACUAGUACCAUCUUCCUCCAAGAGACCUCGUCGACCCCCCAUUACUCUUGAACAUAUGCACGCACUGUUUUGUCAUCUUGAUCUUUCAAACACAUUUGACGUGUCCGUCUUUGCCGUAGCUUCGACAGCCUUCUGGUCUUGCUGCAGACUUGGGGAGCUAAUCAUUGACUCCGCCCUCUUGUUCAAUCCUUCGCGCCACGUUUCACGUUCAGCACCUUUGCGUCGAGGAACUUCUUCAACAGGAGUAUCAUUCAUUGUCAUCACCAUUCCCUGGACAAAGACGACUCACGGCGACGGAGCCAACCUUGUUGCAUCCCGAAUCGAUGAUCACUCAAAUUCCAUUUCAGCUCUUAACCACCACCUUCUUGCCAACACAACCGUUCUGGUUGACGCACCUUUUUUCACAUUCGAGACCGAGAAUGGAGGAUGGGCUCCGAUGAUGCGCACCUGGUUCAUGAACCAUUGCAACCAAGUUUGGAAACAGAACGGAUUAGCUGAGCUCUCAGGCCACUGUUUCCGGAUAGGAGGAGCAACGGAAUUGCUCUUGCAGGGCACACCUCCAGACGUGGUAGCUAUGCAAGGGCGAUGGAAGUCGCGCGCCUUCUUGGAGUAUUGGCGCAAAAUAGAUUCAAUCUUACCUAUGUUCGUCUCUUCCACCUUUUCAAACACAUGUUUGGCCAUGAUGCAGUCAGCCAUGGACUCCUUCUCAUGUUGUUACAAGUAA